AGCCACCAUGCUGGGCCGUUUCUCUGAAAUUGUAAUGCAACAGCAGAGAGAUAAGAAUCCAGAGUGACAAGACAGAGACUGGCUCAAUAGAGUAGGAGAUUUCAGGCCCCUUGCUAAAUGCAGGAGUACCCAACCCCCUUUCAUUUUGACUAUGUGCUUCUAAUAUGAACACUUUUGGAAAAUAUCCCAGAAAUAAAGAAUGAAAACUGAAAAUGAACUAGCAAUAUGUUGCCCAGAACAGUCUAUUUGGAGAGCCUUUGGCUGAACCCACCUGGUCUGUCUGUUCUUCCUUCACUUCUUUCUUCACAGUAGACUUUUAACCAAAAGCUUCCCUAAAUCAACUACCCACUCUGGUUUUUUCUUGAAACUGUUCAACUGUUUAAAACACUUAACCAUCCACUUGCAUCCAUCUUCAAGUGCAUUUAAGCUUCUUGGCCAUGGACGGGAGGGUUUGGGGGACUGUAACUUGCUCUUCUUGUGAGAAUUCUGGCUUACCCCUCAGCUUGGCAGAGGGCUAGGUCUAGAUAAUUAGAGUUGUUUGUAGUAUCUGCUAAUUAUUCCUGGAAACGUUUGCAUAAUAGCUUAGCUUUUCUUUUUCUACUAUAAUAAAUUAGGCUUUGACCUUUCUUUAAAUCCAGCUUUUCAGAGUCUUUCUGUCUGAGGGGUGAUCUUGAGUUGUAAAUGAGUAUGAAUUCAGCCAUCUGUACUCUAAAAGCCGAGCUACUUUGCUGGGUGGGUGUAGGAUCACAGGAGUGGAGUUUGGUAUACUCUUGUCUUUUCCAACUUUGGAGUUCUGUCCUGUUUCUGUUGGGAAAUGUUGCAAAUAAUCGGGAGGUUUAUUCAUUUUCAUAUUAAAUCUCUAAAGUUCAAUCCAUUUAAUUUUAUGACAUGAACACAUAGCAAGUCUUAGAUUUAGGUUUUAACCCUUAGCCUAGUGUUACCUGCAUUUGUGUUUUCCAAGUCUGUUGAUUGCUGAUGCGGGCUUGAGGGGUUUUGCAUUUCAUGCUCCUCAUUGAUUCUAAUGUCUUUCUCACUUUAGCCAUGUUUCCUGAGAGACUGGGAGUUGCAGGUGCACUUCAAAAUCCAUGGACAAGGAAAGAAGAAUCUGCAUGGGGAUGGCUUGGCAAUCUGGUACACAAAGGAUCGGAUGCAGCCAGGCCCAGAAGAGGCGAUAUUCACCAGGAGUCCAGCGGGUAUUCCCCUACAUCUCAGCCAUGGUGAACAACGGCUCCCUCAGCUAUGAUCAUGAGCGGGAUGGGCGGCCUACAGAGCUGGGAGGCUGCACGGCCGUUGUCCGCAAUCUUCAUUACGACACCUUCCUGGUGAUUCGCUAUGUCAAGAGGCAUUUGACGAUAAUGAUGGAUAUUGAUGGCAAGCAUGAGUGGAGGGACUGCAUUGAAGUGCCUGGAGUCCGCCUGCCCCGCGGCUACUACUUUGGCACCUCCUCCAUCACUGGGGAUCUCUCAGAUAAUCAUGAUGUCAUUUCCUUGAAGUUGUUUGAACUGACAGUGGAGAGAACCCCAGAAGAGGAAAAGCUCCAUCGAGAUGUGUUCUUGCCCUCAGUGGACAAUAUGAAGCUGCCUGAGAUGACAGCUCCACUGCCGCCCCUGAGUGGCCUGGCCCUCUUCCUCAUCGUCUUUUUCUCCCUGGUGUUUUCUGUAUUUGCCAUAGUCAUUGGUAUCAUACUCUACAACAAGUGGCAGGAACAGAGCCGAAAGCGCUUCUACUGAGCCCUCCUGCUACCACCACUUCUGUGACUGUCACUCAUGAGGUAUGGAAGGAGCAGGCACUGGCCUGAGCAUGCAGGCUGGAGGGUGUUCUCGUCUCUAGCAGCUGGUUGGGGACUAUAUUCUGUCACUGGAGUUUUGAACGCAGGGACCCCGCAUUCCCAUGGUUGUGCAUGGGGACAUUUAACUCUGGUCUGGGAAGCCACCCACCCCAGGGCAAUGCUGCUGUGAUGUGCCUUUCCCUGCAGUCCUUCCUCGUGGGAGCAGAGGUGUGAAGAGAAUUUACGUGGUUGUGAUGCCAAAAUCACAGAACAGAAUUUCAUAGCCCAGGCUGCCAUGUUGUUUGACUCAGAAGGCCCUUCUACUUCAGUUUUGAACCCACAAAGAAUUAAAAACUGCUUUCUGACCAUCCAUUCAUUGGGUUUUGCAUUUUACCCAACCCUCUGCCUACCUGAGGAGCUUUCUUUGGAAACCAGGAUGGAAACUUUUCCCUGCCUCACCUUCCUUUCACUCCAUUCAUUGUCCUCUCUAUGUGCAACCUGAGCUGGGAAAGGCAUUUGGAUGCCUCUCUGUUGGGGCCUGAGGCUGCAGAACACACCUACGUUUCACUGGCCUUCAUUAGGUGGCCCUAGGGAGAGGGCUUUCUGCUUUGGAUCACUGUUCCAGCUUCUGUUUUCUAGCACGGGUCUUGGGUCUAUUGGCGUGUCCAUGGCCUUCCCAAUCCAGUCUCUUCAGGCCCUCAGAGAAGUUUGGCUAAAGGUUGGUGUAAAAUCAAGAGAAGCCUGGAAGACAUCAUGGAUGCCAUGAAUUAGCUGUGCCACUGACCAGCUCCAGGUUUGACCAACCAAAAGCAACAUUUGUCAUGUGGUCUGACCAUGUGGAGAUAUUUCUGGACUUGCUAGAGCCUGCUUAGCUGCAUGUUUUGUAGUUACGAUUUUUGGAAUCCCACUUUGAGUGUUGAAAGUGUAAGGAAGCUUUCUUCUUGUACCCUGGGCUUGGGUAUUGCCCAGAGAAGAAAUUUGGCUUUUUUUUUCUUAAUGGACAAGAAACAGUUGCUGUUCUCAUGUUCCAAGUCUGAGAGCAACAGACCCUCAUCAUCUGUGCCUGGAAGAGUUCACUGUUACUGAGCAGCACAGCCUGAGUGCUGGCCUCUGUGUGUCAACCCUUAUUCCACUGCCUUAUCUGACAAGGGGUUACAUGCUGCUCACCUUACUGCCCUGGGAUUAAAUCAGUUUCAGGCCAGAGUCUCCUUGGCGGGCCUGGAACUCUGAGUCCUCCUAUGAACCUCUGUAGCCUAAAUGAAAUUCUUAAAAUCACCGAUGGAACCAAA